AUGGGCAGGUUUGGGCCUCGUCGCGGAUUCCCCGUCCGGAUAUCCCUCCCCGCCUCGUUUUGUCGACGCGUAUCCCUCCAUGCGCACGGGAAACCGGCGACCGAGGAAGACCUGUUCCGAUAUAACAAUGGUCGGUUCCUGGUGAACGAGGGGUAUGAGCUUGCGAAGCGGUAUUCGCCGUUCAACGUGGACGAGCUGUGCCGGGUGGUCUCCUCGCUUCCGCGCAUGGCCGCGCCGAUCGCGAGAAUCGAGAAGAAGGAAGGUGGGUAUAAUAAGGCGCUGCUGAUGACAGCGGAGAAUGGGGAGAUGGUGCUGGCGAAGGUGCCGUGUCGGAAUAUCGUGCCACGUGGGUAUGGGACGGCGUCGGAGGUGGCUGUGUUGAAGUUUGUCAAGGAUCACUCUUCCACGUCGGUGUCAGAGGUAUUGGGCUGGAGCGCAGACGAUACCAAUCCUGUCGGCUCGGAGUAUAUCCUCCUCGAGCCAUGCGAAGGUCAACAGCUCACCAAGGUCUGGGAGAACCUGGCUGAACACGACCGUGUCAAAUUGAUCCGCAAUUUCGCCUUCCUUGAGAGUAAGCUGGCAGCAAACGAGUUUCCCGGCUAUGGCGCCUUGUACCUGCGGAACGCGCUCCCUCCGCCGCUGAAACAGCCCGGGCGCACCAUCGCGGUUGAUGAGACAUAUUGCCUGGGACCGAUGUAUCAUGGAUCGUGGCCAGGAGGGUUUGCAGCCGAUCCAGAAAAUUAUGCGGUGCACUCGGGUCCAUGGAAGACACUCCAGGAUCUUGGAAAGGAUCUUGUGCACCAGGGAAUUACCCAGGUAGCCAACUACAAGACGUCCUAUGCCGGCCGGGGCCCACACUAUGGCGCGCCUGAAGAACAUUACCGUGUCCUCGAGACCGUAAUGCAGGUGAUGCCCAUCUUAGCCAAAGCCGACCCGAUACGCCGCCAUGCGGAGCCCGUGCUAUGUCAUCCCGAUUUCCACCCGGGAAACAUCUUCGUGUCGAACGAGGAUCCGACGGAGAUCGUGGGGGUGAUCGAUUGGCAGUUCACGGGUAUCCUUCCGCUCUUCACGCAGGUCCGCUGGCCACUGUUUCUCGCGCCUCCAGAGGGCUACCAGACAGGCACGAGCAACCCAGAGUUAGCACCGGAGUACGGCACAGAAGACCAAGAAAACCACGCCGAGAAGGGACGGAAACAGGAACUAGCGAUGAGAGCGAAAUGCUACGAGGCCGCGCUUCUGAAAAGCCAUCUGGAGUCGUACCUGGCUCUGACGGAGACAGACGUCGCCAUACGUCGCCUGUUCACUUCCUGUCCCUUCACCUACCGAGACGGCGUCCUUCUUGUCCGGGAUAGUUUGGUGAAGAUCUGGCAGCAUUGGGCCCAUCUGGGUGUGCCAGACGAAUGCCCGUAUCGAUUCACUUCAGAAGAGGUUGCUCGCCACGAGCACCAGAUGAGCGAGUAUAACGACUGGCUGAAACUGCGCGAGCAUACCCAUCAGCUCCUCAAAUCGAAUGAUGGUGGAUGGGUGACGCCAGAGGCAGACUUUGACAAAAUUCAAGCACGGCACCAAGCAUUGUACCAGCAGUUCGUGAAGACAAAGAUGCAGAAGGGAAGGUCUGAAGAAGAUGCAAAGAAACUGUGGUUCUUCCGAGAUCGGGGGUAG